ACGCGUUUACCUUGGGGUUUGGUUUCCUCAUUUAGCGUUCCUGUUGGAGUUUGGUCUAAACCCUCCUCAGUCACGAUGACGACGAUAAAGAAAAUCGAAAUUACUUAUAACGCGAUCAAUGCCAACAACACUUUUACAAACGGUGACGUGGUUUGUGGCCAGGUAACCGUGGAAAUGGCCAAGGACUGCCAGAUCGACUCCCUCUACAUCAAGUUUAAGGGGAAAGCGGAGGUCCGGUGGACGGAGAGGCACGGCCAGACCACCCAUGUGUACCACUCCAAGGAUAAGUACUUCAGCGUGCGCCAGUACUUCAUCAGAGACAAAAACAGCAAGGAUGACCAGAAAACACUGGUCGUAAACCAAAGUGGAGAAACCUACUCCAGCGUUGUGCCUCCAGGAAUCCAUGUGUACCCAUUCUCCUUUCAAUUCCCUCACCAAAAUAUUCCCUCCUCCUUUAAAGGUGCGGACGGUAAAAUCAUAUACUUGUUGGAGGCGGUUUUGAGCAGAUCAAUGAGGAUGGACAGUAAGGAAUCAAUCGCAAUGAACUUUGUGGCAAAAGGAGACCUGAACCCAGUCCCUGGGAUAAUGGAACCCCAACACGAAUCUAAGGAUAAGAAAAUGAAACUUUUCACCUCAGGAACUGUUGCCAUGGAUGUAAAUCUGGAGAAGUCUGGCUUUUUCCAAGGUGAAGGAUUAAAGGUUGUGGCGUUUAUUAAAAACGAUUCAUCUCGUGAGAUCAAGCCCAAGUACUGCAUAUACAGGAAGCACAGCUUCUUUGCCCGAGGGAAGAGAAGAGUCCACACUAAGGAUCUAAUUAAGGAUGUUGGAACGCUCAUCCCUCCGUCAGCCUCAGAAAAUGUCACAAAGGUUAUCCCCAUUCCUCAGGAUGCGGAGCCCUCAAUCCUCAACUGCAGCAUCAUCAAAGCAGAGCACAGGCUCAGGGUCUACCUUGAUGUUAAGUAUGCUUCUGACCCAGAGAUCAAGUUUAACAUCUUCAUCCUGCCAGCCCCUCAGGUUCCUGCUAUGGCCACAGCGCCACCUGCUGCUUCUGACUUUGGAAAUGCGUUCUAUGGAAACUAUGGGAAUCCAAACCCUCCCAUGUGGGGCUUUGGACCUCCACAAGCACCAGCAGGGUCUCAGCCUGGAGGUCCUCCACCUAACUAUGCGACAUAUGGAAUGUACCCUCCUCUGAAUGAUUUUUCAAAUAAAUAUUAAAAACCUUUAGUGAUGCCUUUUUAAGGAGGACAAAUAUACAGUCAAAAGUAACACUUUUUAGGUAUACAGGAAAUGUAUUCCAAAUUAUUUGAUAUUCUGUCACUCUAUCUUUAUCUAGAAUAAAUGAAAUAUGAAUUGUACUGAGAUACAACUUACCUUAAUAAAUGUGUAUAUUUCUAAUAAA